AUGGCUCGCCCGUCGUUUCCCGUCGCGCCGCACGAGUUCUUCCGCCGGCUCCCCGCCGCGCCUCACGAGAUGAUGAAGGCGCCGCCCGCGGACGAGGAGCUGCGGCUAUCGGACCUGGAGCAGAUCUGCCACCUCGGCGCGGGCGCCUGCGGCGUGGUAACCAAGGUGCGGCACCGCCUCACCGGCUCAGUGUUCGCGCUCAAGACGGCCUACUAUCCCGAGGCCGACGCGAAGGACGAGGAGGCCGAGGCGCUCCGCCGGUCCGCUGGGUCCCCGCACGUCGUGCGCUGCCACGCCGUCCUCAGCGGAGUUGACGACGUUCCCGCGUACGUGCUCGAGUUCAUGGACGCUGGGACGCUCGGUGGAGUCCUCCGCAGGCGCGAGGGCCGCGGGCUACCGGAGCUGGCCCUCGCCGAGGUGGCCGCGCGGUGCUUCGAGGGGCUGGCGCACGUCCACUCCCGCGGCGUCGCGCACCUCGACAUGAGGCCCGACAACCUCCUUGCCAACUCCCGCGGGGACGUCAAGAUCGGCGAUUUCAGCGUGUCCCGGAUCCUCUACGGCCGCACCGGCGAGCGCCUCCGGGUCUCCGUCGCCGUCGGCUCUCUCCCGUACCUGAGCCCUGAGCGGUUCGAGCCCAACGCCCACGCAGGGCCGCGCGGCGCCAUGGCCGCCGACGUCUGGGGCCUCGGCGUCACCGUCCUGGAGCUCUUCUUGGGGCGUAGCCCCAUCCUGCCAGUGGGGGAGAUGCCGACGUACGAGAAGCUGAGGCGGGCAAUCUGCGACGGGAAGCCGCCGUCGGCGCCGGAGAGCGCGUCGGCGUCGGCGGAGCUGCGCGGGUUCGUGGCCGCGUGCCUGCAGAAGGACCCGAGGCGACGCGCCACGAUGGCGCAGCUGCUCGCCCACCCGUUCGUCGCGUGCCGCGACGUCCAGGAGUCGCGCCGCGCACUGCGGGAGCUCAUCGUGGAGACCAUGGAGGAGUAGAGCAUAGGACAUAGAAAAGCCGCAGCCUUUUUCAAUCGAACUGUGUAAUUAGAUUCUUGAGAUUCAUUAUGUUCCUUCCCUGAUCGAUUGUAGUUUGUGAGGGCACGAGACUGUAUUAUCUCUCCUUGGAUGGGAAUUUUCCCGGCAGCAAAAGUUGCAUUUCCCUUCAAGAACCAAAAUAAUUGUUAGUUCUUGGUUUAUUUCUCUCCUGGACGAGAAUCUGUAACAUGA